UAAGCUUUAUGUAUACAAAUUACGUCAUUUAUCAUAAAGCAAUAUCGCGGGAUAUUGAACUCUUCGAGUUAGGAUGGGGAAACUGCAGGGCUGGCAGAACGAUUAAAGAACUGGAAAACCCACAAAGAAGAAGGGCAAGAAGAGGAAAGAUCCCACAAAGCCCCCAUGAUCGUAUGCAAAUUAAUGAGCGCGGUUAUUAGAACGGUUCUUGAUUGAUCAGUGAUCGAGAUCGAGAAAGAAAGGCGUCCCAAAUUUGGGCCAUUGCAUGGGCUUAUUCUAAUGAGAAAACCGAGAGCAAGAUGUGAGAUUAUUCCAGAUGCACCGGGUAUAAAAAGGCAUUGCAGCUGGAGAGGUCAGGUUAUUCGGAGAGAGAUCAUGGAUCGAAGAGUGACAGCUAUUUCGUUGAUUUUCCUGCCCCUCUUGGGGAGCACGUUCUGUUUCCAGGAGAAGGCUCCGGUGCAGUCGAGCCUGAUCUCCGGACAGACCAGGACGGAUAAGCAGCAACAGCUGGACGAUCCACUGGGCAGUGGACGCGUGCUCGAAGAGCACCUGAUGAAGACCAUUGGUAAGGGCGGCAUGAAGCUGGUGAUGGCCUCGGGCGCCCCGUCGACCACACCGAAACCGUCAGUACAACACCAUUACUAUUAUCCACCAGAGGAUCAGCACCCGCGGCAGUAUGGCUACGGUCCUCUGCUACCAUGGUCGCCGGCACCGCCACCUCCCCCGCCACCCAUUUACCCGCAGCGUCCUUGGGUGCCACCACCGCCUCCGGGACCAGGACCGCCACCACCGCCUCCGGGACCAGGACCGCCAUUUCCUCCUCCUCCAGUCCAGCCGCCCUUCUACAAUCCCUUCUACAAUGGCUUCAACUACUACGGCGGCUAUGGAUAUGGGGGCUUUGGCUAUCCCGGCUUCGGCGGCUUUUCUGGCUAUCCCUACUACCCCUUCUUCCGCUCCUCGGCAGGAGUCGGCGAGGUGGAUAAUCAACUGUCCGUUCCCGAGGGUCUCACGCCCUCCGGCAUUCCUGGCGUUUUCCAGGGCAGGGCCACCCUGCUGUCCCAACCGAACUUCCUCGAGGGCAGGAACAACGCCAACAUUGUGCCAUUAUAUCACCUGCUCCAAAUGGCCAGGGCCUAGAGUAAUGUGAACGAAUCCCUAAAUAAAACUGAAUUUAUUACGUAAUA